AUGCCCUAUCCGCUGCAGUCUAUCAGCCACCUCUCCCCUCUCAACCAGCAGCUCUUUGUCCAGUGGGGCUUCGGCGAGCGACAAACUCCCGCCUUUGGUUGCGUACACCACGCCUUCGAAUAUCAAGCCCUUACGCAGCCCGACGCGAUCGCCAUCGAGCACCUUGGUGUCUCAAUCUCAUACUCGGAGCUCGAUGCUUGCGCAAACAAUCUCGCCACUCGCCUUCGUCUCAUGGGUAUCUCGCCUGGGUCGCGCGUCUGUCUACUUAUGCAACGCGGUAUCCUGUUUGUCGUCGGCAUCCUAGCCGUGCUCAAGGCAGGUGGAGCGUAUGUUCCUCUUGACGGCAGUAUUGUCACGCAGUCUACGCUCGAACACGUCCUUCGCGAUGCGGACUGCUCUGUCGUCCUGGCCUUGGAUGAGUUCAGCCAUCGCGUCCCUGCAUCCAGCAGGAUGCUUGUCCUGGACAAAUCCACUCUGAACCCAGAUAAAGAUGAUUGUGCGAAACCAUUAGACCUCUCAAGCCCCAAUGACUCCAUUUACAUCAUCUACACCUCCGGAACGACUGGCGUGGCCAAAGGAGUCGAGGUGAAGCACUCUAACGUCACAAACUUGGUCCUGUUAGAACCCGGCAACGUGGGAAUGGCGCCCGGUCGUCGUGUAUCACAGCUCUUAAAUAUAGCCUUUGACAUGGCUGCCUGGGAAAUCCUGGGAUCCAUGUGCAAUGGAUGCACGCUAUUUAUUCGCGGUAAAUCGUCGAAGGAAUGGCGGGCAGUGAUGAAGACCGUGGACAUUGUAAUCGCUACUCCUAGUAUGAUGACCCCCCAUGAUCCGGCCGAUUAUCCUGAUAUUCGUGUAGUGGCCACAGCUGGAGAGGCUUGUCCUCAAGCUCUUGCUGAUCGAUGGGCUGAGCGUGGCACAUUCUACAAUUCAUGUGGCCCAACGGAAAUCACAAUCGUCAACACUGUUCACCCCCACGUGAAGGGAACACCUCUCAGCAUUGGAAGGCCGACACCCAAUAACAACGUCUACGUGCUCGAUGAGAACAUGAACCCUCUUCCUAUUGGCGAGGUCGGUAUUAUGUGGGCAGGUGGGGCGGGAAUCACUCGCGGGUACCUCAACCUUCCAGAGAAGACCGCUGAACGAUAUGUGAUGGACCCAUUUAUGGUCGAUGGGAGUUUCAUGUUUAACACUGGAGACUUGGGCCGGUGGUUGGAGAACGGAACUUUAGAGCCAUUGGGCCGGAUCGACGAUCAAGUCAAGAUCAAGGGCUUCCGAGUUGAAUUAGACGGCGUGGCCUCGGCCAUUCAGACGACCACAAGCGUCAGACUCGCCACUGCCCUGCUGAUAGGCUCAGAACUAUGGGGCUUUGUGGCACCUGCUACUGUCGAUUUGACUGCGGUGAUUACCGCGACGAACAAAGUUCAACCAUACUAUGCCGUUCCUACCCGAUGGAUGUUACUGGAGGACUUCCCGUACACUAGUAAUGGCAAAACCGACAAGCGAGCUCUUCGCCAGCUGGCCUUGAAUAAACUUGCCUCUGAAGCCACCAUGGUCCUCGACGAAAAGGAGAACGUUCCACCCAAGACCGUCGUCUCUGUCACGGACAAAGUCAUUUCUACAGUUUCCUCCGCUGUCCUCCCCAACCUCUCCCAAAGUAUCGUCGUGCCACCUCCGACUUAUCAAGGAUAUUCGCCUAUGAAGGAGACGAACGUUGACAUAGUCAUUCAGAGCCUUUCUGCCCUGGAAUCGAUGAACUACACGUCUCAGCAGUCGAACGAAGGCUCUUCCUCGAUUACUGCCUCGCCGUCGGUCACCGAGAAGGGCAAUGCAUGGGAUGGGUACGAGGACGAGGAGCUUCCCGACAAGACACAGGGCCCGGCCGUCAGAAACCUUCGCCAUCGCGUCUUCACACUUUAUCGCCGCCUAUUUGGGGUCGUCUUCGUCGCGAACGCCGCAAUAUUUAUAGCGACUGCCGUUGCUGGUCAAGCAAACGCGCAGAAGCUGGGGCUUAUCGUCGUGGCCAACCUCUUUUGCGCGAUUUUGAUGCGUCAAGAUUAUGUGAUCAAUGCUUUCUUCACGACUUUCUGUGCUGUCCCUACGUCGUGGCCAUUGUCGAUUCGAAGGGUCUGUGCGCGUGUAUACCAUAUUGGUGGAUUACACUCUGGCUGUGCCAUCUCCGGGGUGAUGUGGCUGGUCCUAUUCACCUAUCAAGCUACGAAAGAACUAUUGACUGGUGGUCCAACUUCCGUCGCCACCGUCAUUAUCACUUAUUGGAUAUUGUUAUUACUUCUUGGGAUCGUUACCCUCGCUUACCCACGAUUCCGAUCCCUUUACCAUGAUCGUUUCGAAAUGUCACAUCGUUUCUUGGGUUGGACGGCUACGGCCUUCGUUUGGUGUCAGGUUAUCCUCCUCACAAACGACUAUAGACUGCCGGGUCAAACACUCGGAAACGCUCUUUCGCAUGCUCCACCUUUCUGGCUUAUCUUGGUCAUCUCUUUCUCUAUCAUCCUUCCUUGGCUCAGACUCCGCAAAGUACCUGUCCGUGCAGAAGUUAUGUCUGGCCAUGCUGUCCGGCUUCACUUCGACUAUGUCACACCCGUCCCAGGCAGCUUCACCCGAAUCUCAAAAAGCCCUCUCCUGGAGUGGCACUCCUUCGCCACAGUCCCCGAGCCCGGAAAGAAAGGCUACUCCCUCGUCGUUUCUAAAGCGGGUGAUUGGACCAGCGACACAAUUGCCUCCCCGCAGAAGCAACUUUGGGUCCGCGGCGUCCCUACGUGUGGUGUCCUCCGCAUCGUUCCACUCUUCCGUCGUGUGGUCUUCGUGGCGACGGGUAGUGGCAUUGGACCAUGUGCGCCAUGCAUACUCGAGCAGCGCGUGCCGAUCAGACUGCUUUGGACUUCGCCUAAUGUUCGGAAGACGUUUGGGGAUUCGUUCGUUGAUUCGAUCUUGGACGCGUCUCCGAACGCUGUCAUUUACGACACUCGCGUGCACGGCAAACCGGACAUGGUGAAAUUGACGUACCGUCUAGUGAGAGAGUUCAACGCAGAGGCGGUCUGUGUAAUCUCGAACAAGAAACUGACGGAGAAGGUCGUUUAUGGGAUGAUGAGCAGGGGUAUUCCAGCCUUUGGAGCCAUUUGGGACUCGUAGAGCUCUUCGACGAUAAAUCCUUUCUCUUUUUGUCUCCCCGCCCUCUCUCUUCUCCCUCUUUCUUCUGGCUUCGGUGAGCCGUAAUCUUGCGUUCGACAAUGUUGUGGCUUUGUUGCGAAAAUAAGGGGCGUGAAGUAAUUGAAACAUUGUAUUGUAUACUGUAACGUGUAAUAUUUUCCUCU